AGCCGCGCCGCAGCCAUGGCUUUUAAAGACACCGGAAAGACACCUGUGGAACCAGAGGUGGCCAUUCACCGAAUUAGGAUCACCCUGACCAGUCGCAACGUCAAGUCCCUGGAGAAGGUGUGUGCUGACUUGAUCAGAGGAGCAAAGGAGAAGAAUCUGAAAGUGAAAGGACCUGUUCGGAUGCCUACCAAGACACUGCGAAUCACUACAAGAAAAACCCCUUGUGGUGAAGGUUCUAAGACAUGGGACCGCUUCCAGAUGCGAAUCCAUAAACGGCUCAUUGACUUGCACAGCCCUUCUGAGAUUGUGAACUGUUAUAUUUUCAAUAUUAAUUUGUAG